CUGGACGGCGGCGUGAAGGAGACGUGAGGAUGGCGACGUUGAGGAAACAUUACGUGGUGAAUCGGCCCGUUUACUCUGAGAACAGCUUCACUGAGGAGCACGAGAAGAUCUCCAGAGAGCACAAAACCAUCCUGAGACAUGUCAAGGACUAUUUGAGUUGCGAUUCAAAGCGUGCCAAGAGGGCCGGGCUCACUCUACUGCCCAUCAUCGGCUGGAUGAGGACCUACAAGGUCAAAGAGUGGCUGCUGGGUGACCUGGUGUCCGGGAUCAGCACCGGCCUGGUGGCCAUCAUGCAAGGACUUGCCUUCUCUCUGCUGGCUGAGCUGCCUCCCAUUUAUGGCCUCUACACGGCUUUCUUCCCCAUGCUGACAUACUUCUUCUUCGGUACUUCAAGGCACAUAUCUGUCGGGGCUUUCCCGGUCCUGAGCCUCAUGAUUGGGGCUGUGGUGCUCCGUCUGGUCCCAAUGGAUGGAUCGCCAUCCAAAAUCCAAGCCUUCGCGGAUCUGAACGUGACCCAGCAGAAAGUCCUCGUGGCCUCCUCUGUGACGUUCCUCAUGGGGAUUUACCAGCUGGCCAUGGGCCUUCUGCAGGUGGGCUUCGUGGUGGUCUACCUGUCGGACACUCUGGUGUCAGGCUUCACCACGGCAGCCGCCGUCCACAUCGUGGUGUCCCAGCUGAAGUUUGUGUUGGGGCUGAACACGGGGAGCCUGAGUGGUAUACUUUCCAUCAUAUAUACUUUGGAGAAAAUCUUCAAUGACAUUACACAAACCAACAUUUGUGACCUGGUGAUGUCCAUAGUCAUCAUGGUGGUGGUCUUCAUAGUGAAGGAGCUGAACGACUGGUACAAAGCCAAGCUGCCCGUCCCGGUCCCUAUAGAGACCGUCAUGACGGUCAUAGCUUGUGGCGUUUCCUACGGCUUCAACUUUGAAAAAACAUACAACGUUACAGUCGUCGGAGAAAUAAUUAGCGGGUAUGAGCCUCCAACUGCACCAAGCAUUGAAGUCUUCCAGGAAAGUGCUGUGGAGUCCUUCCCCAUGGCUAUAGUCGGGUUUGCUGUUGCCUUUUCUGUGGCUAAAAUCUAUGCUAUCAAGCAUGCCUACACCAUUGAUGGGAACCAGGAGCUCAUCGCUUUUGGGAUCAGCAACAUGUUUGGGGCCAGCUUCAGCUCAUUCGGGGCCAGUACCUCUCCCUCCAGGACUGCGGUGCAGGAAAGCUCAGGAGGACGAACACAGAUUGCAGGCCUGGUCUCCGCCAUGAUGGCCAUGAUUGUUACAGUAGCACUUGGCUUCUUACUGGAACCUCUUCCAAGGUCUGUUUUGGGCGCCUUGGUGAUCGUCAACCUGAAGGGCAUGCUGAUGCAGUUUCGGGAAAUACCAUACUUGUGGAGAAGAGACAAGCUUGAAUGUGCGGUGUGGGUAGGAACAUGUGGGUCAGCCAUUCUGCUUGGACUGGAUCUCGGUCUGGCGGUGGGAUUGGGGGCGGAGCUUCUCACCGUCAUCCUCAGGACUCAGUUCCCCCGUUGUUCCAUCUUGGCUAACAUCCCCGGGACCGACAUCUACAGAGAUCGCAAGGAUUACAUUGAUAUGUCCGAACCACAGGGAGUGAAAAUCUUCCGGAUACCUUCACCAAUCUUUUUUGCCAACAUUGACUUCUUCAGAGACAAGCUACUCGAAGCCGUUGGCUUUAACCCACUGAAGGUUUUCAAGAAGAGGAACAAGGCUCUGCUGAAACUCAAGAAUUCCAAGCAGCAGUCAGAGUCUGAAUCUGACUCACAGAAUGGCUCUGGGAAUCAGAUCUCAUCAACAUCUCACGACAAAUACACAAACAUGGAAGAGUUGGACCGGUCUAAAGACGUCAAGGUGCAGAUCGACUGGAACGCCGAGCUCCCCGAUGGCAUCAGCGUUCCCAGAGUGAACAUUCACAGCCUGAUCCUCGACUUCUCUGCGGUCUCCUUCCUGGACAUCUCUGCCCUGAAGGGACUCAAAAUGGCGCUCAGAGAGUUCAUCCAGAUCGAUGUGGAUGUUUACAUCGUGUCCUGUGAUGUCGGCAUCCUGGAGAAACUACACAGCUGCAUGUUCUUUGACGAUAAGAUUCAAACCUCCAUCCUUUUUCCAACCGUACACGACGCCGUGCUGCACGCAUUGGAAAAACACAUGGACAGCAAGGAGAAAGAGCAAGCGCUAACAUACAAAUGUUAGAAGAGCAGCAGUCUCCACCGAUGUCCAUCCAUAAAGAGCAUCAUGGCUGACACAGUGAGAUUGUGGUCGCUCACCCCUGCUGCUGAUCUACUCACAUUGCCGCCGUGCAGUUCGAUCAAGAAGUUGCUCUGAGGGUUUUCUGAAACCCGUCACCUCCGUGAUCCUCACAGAUCACUCGUGGUUUUCUAUCACAUUCCAUAUUACUCUUUACUGUGAUAUCACUUUUUAAACUUUUUUUGAAUCGUAAAUGGUUGGCUUCCGGAAUUCGAUGGCUUUGUCAACAGAAGUAUUUCAGUGUUUAAGAUGAAUUUAAAUAACUGAAGUUUUCAAACUACCCCAGUCAAGAACCAAAUUGAAGGAAAGGUGCAUCACAACACAAGGAAUCAAUUUAUGGAAUAAAUGUGACAAUGAAAUGAAGAGUUCUCAGUCCAUUUACAUCUUCAGGAAAUGUUUAAAAGCACAGUUAUUGGGAGGGUACGAUUCUGCUUUAAAGUAUGGUGAAAAACUAGAAUGAUUUUUUUUUUUUGUA